AUGACACGGCAUCUUCUUUUCUCGCAGACCGCGAGGCAGAGACAACUCGAGUCACUCAAUCUAGCUGCAGGAACCCUCGACUUCGACGGCAUUGAUCCCGAAUUAGGCAUGCACCUCCUUGCUAUAUACUGGAGUCGUCAACUAUACACAGCGCAGAUAAUCUACCGGCCAGCAUUCAUGAGAGAUAUGGCCUGCGAAGGGCCGUAUUUCUCCAAGUUGCUGCUAAAUGCGAUAUACUUUGUAGUGUCGAAGCAUUGUGAUGAUCCCGACCUUCGCUCAGACCCAAAUGAUAUUACAACUGCAGGAUGGAAGUUUCGUCAACGGUUCACUCAGCUGUUGCGAGAUUGCUUUGACAAGAGCGAGAUCACCACACUCCAGGCAUUGUUGAUUAUGUCUAAUGCUCUUUUUUCGCGAUGCGACGAGAGGAGUUUGUCAUGGCUUUAUGCUGGCAAUGCGUUCAAUAUGUUCAUUGAUCUCGGAUUGCAUGUGCUGCCUACCCCGGAUAGUAUUUCUGCCGAGGAACUUGAGAUUCGGAAGCGAGUACUUUGGGGUGCAUACUUAAUUGAUAAGAUCCAAUGCCUUUUCCAAGGAAGACCGCCUCUUCUCAACCAUGUUAACAUGAGGGCAUCUUUGGAUUUCUUGGAUGAUUACGAUGAACUGGAACCCUUUCAGGAUAUCUCAUAUACGGCCAUAAAACCAGAUAAAGUGACUCCCUCAUGGAACGUAUCAUUGCUUACAAAAUUCUGUGCAUUGACAACGAUCGUCGAACGAAUUCUCUGCGGAAUAUAUUCCGAAUCUCGAGACUCAACUGUCACUCACAGAGAGAGUGUCUCGGAGGAUAUCAAAUCUCUGUUGAGAGAAUGGAGACAAAACCUGACACCUCAGCUUGAUUAUCUAUCCUUUCCAGGUCAAUCAGUUCUUCUGCCCCAGUCGGCCUGUCUUCUGGCUUUAUUCAAUGUGCUGAUCAUUCUGGUACAUCGACCGCUAAUCACAGGCAGCCAUGGCGGUGUGAUCAAUACAACAACUGCCCACGAGUCAGUGAAUGCCUGCACGUCAGCCGCGAAUCAGAUUGUUCAAAUAUUGCAUGAUUACUCCCAGCACUUCUCAUUAAGCAGCGCGCCAUAUAUGUUAUCCUAUGCCACUUACAUCAGCGCGACUAUCCACGCUCGGAUUGUUGCUCAGAAGGGAAGCAAUUCUACCGUUUUUCAGUCUUUAAUGCUCUGUCGCAAUAUCCUCGUUGAGCAUACGCGUCUCUAUGCUGCUGCGGAGAAGGCCAAGGAGAAUUUGGACAGACUGAUUUCUCAUUUGGGGAUCAGUGCCCCGGAUGAAAAUCAGCGUACAGGGAUUUCUUUGCAGAGUCUACCGGGUGAAAGUGCUGCUAUGGAAGAAUUGAGCAACUCUACUGGUGAACAAGGAUUCUCAGAGCGUGUCGUUGGCUUCGGAUCUCCAUUGCUCAACCUGGAAUUGUCCGAUCUUGAUCUUGAGGCGAUUGCCCAAGGCUUCCAGGUUGAUGUGGAAUCACUCUCUUUCUGGCCUUCUCUAGGUGCAUGA